UCGGCGAAAGUCAUCGGUUUAAAGGAACAUCGCAGAUUGCCCACCUCUAAAUUAAAUGCUCAAUGAAUAGACUCUGCUUCGUUGUGCGGUUAAUUAUCGGUUGCUGUUCAAACUGCAUGUUUCCGUCCGCUCGAGCCGCGUAUGCUAAGCCUUGACCGCGCCCACGCGCUGCCUGAAAGUCUAAUACACUUAAUACGCGAACGUGACGCAAGUGAAUUUUGAAUGGCCAAUCCCACUGGGCAAGUAAGCAACGUGAGCGUUUUGCGCGAGGAAAUGACUACCACAAACCAGAGGGAGUUGAACACAAAUGGAGGAGGCUUGGAUUGCCCCGCAGAAGUGACGUCGCUGAUUGCUGGCAACAGUUUUUGCUUAACGUCAGGAAACACCGGCGGGAUUGGUGUCCAGAAGAAAGCCACUGCUGGAGUGGGUCUGAACAGUACACAAAGAGCUAUGGAUGCCACAAAGCGCAAGAAACUAAAGUCGCGUAACGUACCACCUUCUCCAAUGUUCCAAAAAAAUGAAGCCCUGUCGGCUUCUCCUAACCAGCCGAACUCUUGUGAGGCCAAGAAAACCGAUCGUAACUAUUCCGGGGAUCAUCUUGAUGCCUGGUUGGAGAAUUGUUUACGCGAUGCUACCAACGCCCAAUUGUCUUCUUCAUCUGAGUUUUUGGACUUCAUACCGCCCACAGCACCGGCUCACAAGCAAAUGUUUCUGACUCAACAGCAGCAGCUACCGCAGCUUAAACAGCAACUACAGCAGCAGAGGCAACAGGAAUUUUCAAAGCGUACUCAGCCGUAUGAAGUGGGUCCAGGCACGCCCUUUAGCAUGGGGAUACAGCGCAACUCGAACUCUCUUAGUCAUCGAUAUCCGAUGUUGUUCCCACCCCAGAGUGUUAACAGCUAUGGUAUGUCCUACGGCGGCGAUGGUGGCCAGGAGUUUGCAAGCUUGCCUCCCCUAAACAACAUGGUUGGAGGGCCGGAAAGGCUUGGGUCCGAGCACGAACAGAAUUCCACGGAUGUGCUGGAUGGCAACGGAAGCAAUCCCAACCUUAGCAAAGGAUUUCGGUUCAGCGAUCCGUGCCUCCUGAACCCCUCCGAUGAUUCCAAGCUGAGUGGUCAGAAUACACCAGAGUGUCGAAAUGUCAACAACAAUGGCAGUGGCUGUGACCUCGCACAUCAAAACAAAUGUUUCGCGGCUCUAAUGGAACAAAUAAACAUAUUGCAUGACACCAAUUCCAAGAUCUGCCGGAAUUUGCAUGAUACAAGAGUUGAUAUCGAAGCUUUAAAGCACGCUCCUAAUAGCCAGCCCUGGGCAGGUGUUGGCUUUGGGGGCAUGCGGCACCGUAGAGAUAGCUUAAGCGGACUGAGCACACAAAGUCAACCUCUUAUUCUUGGCAGUGGAUUGGGAGGGACACAGAGCCCAGCGUUCACAUUUCAUUCAGGCGCUUACACUCCAGGAAUGAUGACUGAUGUCGUGCGGGAGGUGAAGGAGGCAGCGCGCGUACGCGAAGAUGCACUGCUAAGUCGAGUCAAAUUAAUGGUUGAAGAACGUCAGUGUUCGUUAAACGAGGGAAAUGUCCGAAUUCUGAGGGAUAUUGAUGAUCUAAAGUCCCAAGUAAUGCAGUUGCGACUAGAAAAAAAGGAGACUAAUAAACGCCUGUCACAUCUGGAAUCUGAAAACAAGUGCCUUCGCCAAGCUCUGGCCGGUUGCUAUAAUCGGCAACAAAUCUAUAACGACAUUAUUUACGAAAAUGAGCGAUCCCAUGGAUACCGAAAGCCAUUCCCGAAUGGAGGUGGCGCAGGAGAUAUGGGUUCCGGAGUGCUCGGAGUCCGACGGGCGCAGUCCUUGAACCUGCACUAUGGAACGAUGCAUCAAACGCCUAUUCAAACGACGCACUCUUUGGAAGAGGACGACGAAGUAGAAGAGGAGCAGUUGGUAGAGCAAGGCGAACUGGACGGAGAAGAAUCAUCGCUGACUGGCAACAGCAGGCUAUCGUGUUCGAGCAUCGGGCUUCAGACUUCCUCCACCUUAACUCUUCACUCGCAGAUACCUAAAUCAGAACAUGAAACAGUUAGAAGCCCUCCCACUUUAGCCCCGAAUUCUGAACAGCUCAAUCCGGGAACUCCACCGCCAUUGCUGCAGCGAAAAAAAGACCACGCUCAGCUCAAGCGGGAGCUCAGCGAAGCGGCCUUCGUACGUAAGGAGACAAAUCAACGAAUAAUUGCCCUUGAGAAAUUGGUUGAACACCUAAGUGCCCAGGUGACCGGUAAGCCAAACUGGAAUCCAAACGUAUCUGGCACAGCAUCUGACCUAGCACUAGCAUCGAAAUUCAGCGUGGCGGACGGUCCGAUAACGGACUUAUAGUUUUAGCUACCAUCCAUCCCAAAAGCAAAAGGGCUGCGGCAACAUAAUAUGUGUGUCACUCACUUAUAGCAUUUGGAUGGACCGAAACAAUCACCUCAACGACACUUCACCCUAUGUUUCAAAAUUAUUUAUAACUCCAUAACGAGCGCGUAAGCCCUAAUUUAUUAACUAUAAUGCUUUUAUCACGUGUCAACUGUAAUUUAAAACAGUUAAAAUUCAUUGCUUCUUCGCAUCGCUAAAACAUGUCUACUAAAAAUAAGAUGUCACUAAAUUUUUUAAUGAAUAUGGUCCAUAUAUCAGUUACUUCAUUUCCUUUUAAUUGAUAUACAUUACACAACAGUGUUUGUAUUUUGUGAUGGACUUUUACGAAUGAUUAACUAGAAAAACAUGUACCUAUCAAAAUGAACCAAAAUCAAAAUUUACUAUAUACAUAGAAGCAACAAUGUUAGAACUUAGAAAAAUUGAAAAGUUGUCCAAUAAUGUAAAUAACUAACCAUAUUUGUUAAGUGCCAUUUAAUUAAACGCAAAAUGUAAUGUAUUUAUGUAAAUAGACCUAAAAAUAUACUUUAAUAAGCAGAUAAUAAUGCGGUAAUAUAGUGUUUUAAUAUCUUAAAGCAAUAAAAAGUUACACGUUUUUUUGGAUCCUUCUUA